AUGGAAAACGAACAAAUUACUCAGAACAAUAAUAAUGAAACUACUUCCGUUAAAAAGGGAGUUAAAAAAUUAGUCAAAAAAGUUUUAAAAAAAACCCAAAAAGGAUGUAAAAAAAUGAAAGCCCCUCGAUUAUAUGAAAAGGGAACUAUCUUAGGAUAUAAAAGAUCACAAAGAAACCAAGACCCUAACUUCACUUUAUUAUCUAUAAGAAAUGUUAAUACAAGAAAGCAUGCCCAAUUCUAUGUCGGAAAAAGAGUCGCAUAUGUAUACCGAACUACCAAACACCACGAUGGAAGCAAAAUUAAGUGUAUAUGGGGAAAAGUAUGUAGAACACAUGGAAAUAGUGGAGUAGUACGAGCCAGAUUUGCUACUCAUAUCCCACCAAAAGCCUUUGGAAAUAGAGUUAGAGUAUUAUUAUACCCAUCUAAUAUUUAA